CGAGCAAUUGCAGCAAUGGAUGAACUCAUCAUGAUGGCUCAAGCUGGAGAACCCUUGUGGAUUCCAAUCAUACAUAGUGGUAUUGAAUGUUUGAAUAAAGAUGAGUAUUUGAGUAGUUUCCCCAAUAGGAUUGAAUUGAAACCCGUGAAAACAAAAUCCGAGGCAUCGAGAGAGUCUGUAGUUAUUUUCAUGAAUCCUACCAAACUCGUGGAAAUCUUGAUGGAUGUGGAACAAUGGUCAACUGUGUUUUCUGGUAUUGUUUCACGAGCAUCGAUCAUUGAUGUUUUAUCAACUGGCAUGGCUGGAAACUAUAAUGAAGCUUUACAAGUGAUCACAGCUGAGUUUCAUGUUCUAUCACCAUUAGUUCCAACUCAAGAUUGCAACUUUAUAAGGUACAGCAAACAACACGAUAAUGGGACAUGGGCGGUUGCUGAUGUUUCCUUGAACAAUUUGGGUCCCGCCUAUAUAUCUCAAUGCCAAAGAAGACCUUCAGGCUGUUUGAUCCAGAAGUUGUCUACUGGUUUCUCCAAAGUCACAUGGGUUGAACACGUGGAAAUAGAUGAUAGAUAUGUUGACAAUUUAUACAAAUCACUGGUCAAUUCAGGUCUUGCAUUUGGGGCAAAACACUGGAUAACAACACUACAUAGGCAAUGUGCACGUCUUUUAAGUCCCAUGGAAAAAAAAAUUCAUACAGAAUAUGUGAAAGUGAUGUUAACUCCUGAAGGAAGAAAGAGUGUGCUCAAGCUGUCCAAAAGAAUGAUGUUGAGCUACUGCAAUAGUUUUGGAGUUUCCGCUGCACACACGUGUAAUACUCUUUGUGGUGAUGGUGCCACAAAAGCCAAAAUCAUGGCUAAAAAGAAUACAGAUGAUCCAGGCAUGCCUUAUGGUACUAUAGUCAGCGUUGCAUCUUCUUUCUGGAUUCAAUUUUCUCCAGAAAAGGUUUUUGACUUCCUCAACGAUGAGACUUCAAGAAACAAGUGGGACAUGAUAGCCAGUACUGGACAAGUGUAUGAAAUAAUGCGUAUUAGUAAUGGUUGUGAUCCUAGCAGCUGUAUCUCCUUGUUGAAUUUACAUAAUUCAAGAGAAAGCAACACACAUAUUCUAAAAGAGACCCGUGUGGAUUCUACUGCAUCAUAUGUCAUAUAUACUUCCGUUGACACAACGCCUCUGAAUGUGGUCUUAAGCGGAGGUGAUCCUACUUAUGUUGCUCUACUCCCAUCUGGAUUUGUUAUACAUCCGGAUGGUCCUAGACAUAAUGUAGGAGGAAUUAUAGAGGUCGGGUCUGGUGGAUCCCUGCUCACUGUUGCAUUUCAGAUUAUGGUUCAUUCAGCUCUCCCAGAAGAUCUCACAUGUGAAAGGGUAGCAAUUGUAAACACGCUUACCCAGUCCGUUGUAGAAAGGAUCCAGAAUGCACUAGUGUCUAGUUUAAGCAUUUGACAUGGGGGUCAUAAAUUAUAAGGUACAAUUUAUGAAUAUUUCCAAAGUUUGGACAUAAUUUCUAGAUAGUUUAAAUGGAUGGGGGCAUCUACUAUGAUGUAACAUCCUUU